AUGUCACACCUACCUACGCGCCUGCUUCUUGUGGUGGCGGCGGCAGCAGCAGCAGCAGCAGCGGUGGCAGCAAUUGAGCUCCGGCGCAGCCGCCGCCGUCGGCACGCCAUCAGGCAAACCAGCUUCGGUCGGCACGUCAGGCCGACGAUAGCAGUGCGCUGUUAUCAAGACGCGCAACGAUUGCUGCAUGUUGCUGGCGCGUCAGCCCCACCCACAUUCAAUACGCUGCUAAUCAAACGCAGCAGCACCUGGGGUGGCGCCUGCUGUCCCUUACGGACAACCUCCGUAUGCGCGUGUGUGUGCGCGGGGAACUUGUAG